AUGCCUUACUCUUUACGGGGCCGCAAUGUCCUGAUUACCGGUGGUUCACGAGGUCUCGGUGCCGUGAUCGCCCGGAAAUUCGCCGCGGAAGGAAGCAAUGUCGCCAUCAACUAUGCAUCGAGCAAGGAGACAGCCGAUAAAGUCGCCUCGGAGCUUGCGGCCCAAUAUAACGUGAAGACAAUUGUUGUUCAGGGUGAUGCGGGAAGCCAGAGUGAUUGUAUCAAUGCCGUGAAAACCACCAUUGAACACCUGGGAGGUAUUGACGUUGUGAUUUCGAAUGCUGGCUGGACGAAGAUGACGAAAUUUGCGGACCUGGAUGCAAUGGACGACGCAGACUGGGAUAAGUGCUGGUCCAUCAACGUCAAGAGUAGCUUCCACCUUUUCAAGGCUGCUUUGCCUACUUUCAACGCCAACCCCGACGGUGGUGUCUUUAUCCUCACAUCCUCAACAGCGGGUGUUGUCCCCAGUGGCAGCAGUUUACCAUACGCUGUGACCAAGGCAGCCUGUAAGCACUCACUAUCAUCCUUGACGAACAAAGAACCCGCUGAUCACAAAUCCAAAGCAAUUCAUCUCAUGAAGAGCCUUGCACAAUCCCAGGGCCCCAAAAUUCGCGUAAAUGCCGUAUUGCCUGGUCUUCUGCUGACUGAAUGGGGCCAGCGCUUUUCUCCAGAGCAGAUCAAGGGCUGGACGGAUAGGACGGCACUCGGGCAUACGCCCGAGGUGGAGGAUACCGCAGAGGCAUAUCUCUCCAUUGCGAAGAACUCUUCUAUGACAGGCCAAGCUGUCCAAGUCGAUUCCGGAUUCCGCUAG